GUGUAAACCAAUCAAAAGCACAUGUUUCAUACACAUUCAUUUCUCAUUGGAGUAAGGUAGAAACAAGUCCUGGCUUUAAACUCUAUGAAGUAAAUGUAAACAUUAAAAAAAUGUAAGUAGAUCAUUGUGUUGUAGACGUGUCUUCAGUUUUGAAAUAAUUGUUGAAAUGAAUUUUGUUGGUUGGUUGGAUGCUAGAGAAAUAUUUUUGUCUUUAAAACAAUGCUUUUGAUUUAAUUAAUCAAAUGUAUAAAGCUUUUUGUAUCAUGAUCUGUUCCAUUUCAGGAACAGUAGCACAUUUAAAUAAUUCGGCAGUGCAUGUAAAUACUGCUGAAAACAAUGUGACAGCACGGAUUCAAAAUGUAACAUUAUCGGAACACAAUAUAGUAACUAAAAUUUCUACUGCAACUCAAGGAUUAUCUAUAGUAGAACGCCAAACAGAAAAAACACCAGCACCACAUUUUUUGUUAAAAAUUCAUCGGACGAUAACCAGAUCUAAAGAUGCUGUAUGGGCUACUAUCACGUUGACUUUCAUAUGUGUUUUGUUACUUGUUGCUGUUGCUCAAUCACGAAUGUGGAAGGAUUAUCGAGGUCCAGAAACACAAGGUGUGCCUUUACCAAAUUUCAAUGAACGAGUCCUUUUUAGAGAUGUGAUGGAGCACAGAUUUAAAUCAUUGAGACAGAUUUUUCAAAAAAAGAAAAAACCAAAAAUAGAUGCUGAAAUGGUGGCACUUUUGCCACCAGGUGAAUGGGAUGAUGAAUUAUCUGACAUUCCAGUUCCUUGAAACUCAUAUGUACUUUAUGAGAUAAUGAUUUAUUGCCCGAUAUUCGGUUUAAACUGAGCUUAUUUUUAUACAGUUAGAUUUUUUAGACUAAAUUUGUAUGAGAAUGUUAGAAAUAUAAAUUUGUUAAGAUAUAUACCAAUUUUCUGAUUUGGUUAUUGUUAAUUUAAAAGCUAUAUUUGCUGUUUAUCAUAUGCUUUCUUCUAUAAUGCAUAAAAAUAUUGUAUUAAACAGGGUUUCUUACUUUUUUUUCACAUUAAUGAGUAAUAAUAAAAUAAAUAUUAGUUCAAAACCAGAAGAAUUAAAAUCAGCUAUUCAGCAAUUUCACUAAACUCCUUUAAAUCAAUUUUUUUAUGUUUUAAUUUACAAACAUCAAAGAUAAUGAAACGGGAUGAUCCUAUCAGUUUGUAUGAUACCAGCAAUUCAAAUGAUAUGAAUAGAACUAGGUGCAUGACUAAUGAAUUAAUCAGCAAAUAAAUAUUCCUAACAUAUUUAAUUACGGCAUGUAAAGCUGAAUUUAAAAUCAAAUAUAAUGAUUUAAAAAUUAAAAAAAAAAGAAGAAUAUGAGACAGAAUAAAUUAAGAGAGAUGCUAGUUAGCUAUGAUGUUGAAGCAACGUUACCUUAUUUAUAUAUUUAGAUGUAAAUUUGAAUUAGAAAGUUAAAGAAUUUUGUAUGCUACAAUAUUGUCAACAUUUAUAUAUUUUAAAAUGUUCCCAUUACUAAGAAGCCCUGUUGUAAAAUCAUAUGAACAAUUUAUGAUUUAAGUAUUUUUGUGACAUUUUUAUUGUGAUGAAACUUUAUAUGAAUAAAAGGUCAACAGUUUUUAAACAAAUACAUCACUUGGAACUUGAUGUAAAGGCCAAAUAUAAUUUUCUAAGAUUGAUAAAUAUAUUUUAUAAUUUAUAUAAAAUAUAUUAAUAAUAAUUACUUCUUUAAUUUAUAAAAUUCUGUUAAUGGUUAUUAAUUUCAGUUAAUAUGCAUCAUGGACACUUUUAUUUUUAAUAUUUGUAACCAUCUGAUGGAAGAUUGAGAAGAAACAAAAUCUUGCUAUUAAUUUUUUAAAAAAAAGAUUCCUAAAAAAGAUUUUAAUUUGCUUGUCCAAAAAUAUUGUUAAAUUAUUAAGCAUGAUAGUAUUAUAUAAAUUUAUUAUUAGCAGAGUAUUAUAAAUUUUAUCCAAGUAAAAAUAAAUGACUGCAGCUCUUAAAAUACUUAUUAAAGAAGAAAAAUUCAUCCUGUUAAUAAAUUAAUGUUUGCAAGCUUUUCUUAAAUAAAUGUUUCCCAAUGAAAUUAAAUUGUUUAAUGUUAAAAAAUUACAAUAUGAAAAUGGUAUUUAAAGGAGCUACUUAAUAUAAGAUACAGAAGUUUUUCUAUAAUUUGGCAACACUAGUAAUUCUACAUUUUUAAAAGAGACAAAAGAGUGCUAAAAGAAAAACGUGGUCGUGAGUGCUGAUCUAAAUAAUUAUCCAUCAUCCCAUUAUGGGUAAAAUAAAUAAAAAUUACUGCUCAUGUUUUGAAUUAUAUUUAUUGCAUAAUUAUCUAUAGUUUAUCCAAUAAUUAUAGGUUUUGUAAUUAAUAUGCAUUUUUUUUAAUGAAUCUUUAUGAAUCCAACAAUCUCUGGUCUAGUAUCUGCCAAAUUAUUAAGAGUUGUAUAAAUAUUAUAUUUCACAUUACACUUAUUCUAUAGUGUUUGAUAAGGAAAGAGAAAAUAUAUUUAAUAAACUUUUAUAAUAUUUUUAUAAAUGUAUAAAACAGAUUUGAAUUAAUUUUAUAAAGUUUCACCCCCCCCCUUAUACUAUUAAUUUAAUGUGUGUCAAAAUUAUAAAUCCCUUAUUUCUUAUAAUAUUCUACAUUGAAAUUUUUAUUUUUGGCAUCAAGUAGGUAUAAUUCAAUGUUGUUGUAUUAAAACAUCUUUUUUUAAAAAUAUUUUAUAUAAUUAGACAUAAUUAUAUAAAAAAUUAGUAUUUUCAUUUGUAGAAAUAAUAAUUUCCAUUACUUAUGUUGUUUAAGAUUUUUGUUGAAUGCAAAUUUGUUUGUUUUAUUUAUUUCAUAUUAUCUUUAAAUACUUUUUGCGAAUAGAUUUUAAACAUUAUUUAUUUAUAGAAAGCAGAAAAAUUGCAUCAAAUACUUUCGGCCUGUAUAUUUAAUUUCUUAAUAACGUUUGUAUUAUAAAAUAUUACAUAUUUUUUCAGUUAGUAAAGUUAACUAAUGGAAAUACAUUUUUUUAAAGUUAUAUCUUAUUGUGAAUGAUAAACGAGGGGGAAAAAAGAUAUUCGAGUGAUGGACAACGUCUUUGAUGAAACUGCAGACUGAAUAGACAACUGUAAUAGUGAAUCUCUCAUUAUUAAAAUUCCAUAUUUAAAUCAAUCAUUUCAGUGUCAAUAAUUUUAUACAUGAGUAUUUUAAUAUGGUAAUUAAAAGAAAAAGGAUCUGUAUAUUAAUGGAUAGGGAGAUGCUUGAAGAUCAAUCAAAAGAGAUUAAUGAUGCUAAAAUGAUCUAUAAGACUAAGCAAAUUUUAAACAUACCAAACAGUAAGAAAGAGCUUCAAGUAUAGAUCCAGUGCUUUUUGUAACAAAAUUCAAUUUAGCAGCUAGAAAACAUUGAUUUUCAAGGAAGGAACUUACUCAGUGGUUGUUUUCAAUCUUGGUAACUGCCUAGAACCAUUGAGUUGAAGUGGGCAUGUUUUUCAAAAAUGUCAUUAGCGUAGACAUGACACAGGCUUGGGUGGGGGGAGCUGAACUUCAUAAAAUAAUGAAUUGAGCCAAAUAUAACCAACAAACAAGUUUAAAAAUAAAAUGAAUAAAUUUAUACAAAAAGUGCUUGAAAUAUUAAGAAUAUUGUAGAAUUGUAUAAAAAAUGUAUUGAUCUCAAGAAUGAUAAAAUUCAAUUUUAAAAAAACCUGAAAUUUACAUUUUUGUAAAAAUAGAUUAAAUCUGCAUGAUUAUUAAAUAAAAAAUAAUAUCAUUCCUUAGUGUUAAAUUUGUUGAAAUGUGAAAUUAAAUUUACCAUUAAUUAAAAGAAAAUAAUAUGCACUACUUAAGCUGCAAAAUCCCUAAAUCUGCUACUCUAUUUAUACAAAUUUUAACAAUAAAAGAAAGUUGUAUUUUUAAAAUCAUUCUAGUGCUGUUUGCUUUUCUUGAGAUAAGCCUAGAAAAUUAAAGAUUAUCUAACUCCCUCUCCUUCCCCUUGAAAUGUAGAAUAUAAAACAUGCUAAUACAUAGUACAAGACAUUUAUGUAAAAAAGUGUUUUUUCUUUUUUGAUUAUCCAAUAUCAGGAGUCUUCAUAUAUGUCAAGUAAUUGAGAUUCUUUAAAUGUAGUAGACAAAAUGUGUUACAAUUUUCUGUUGAAUAAUGCCAAUAAAAUGAAAUGACAAUGAAAAUUUAAAUUUUAUUAGAGCUUUCCAAUUCUACUUUUAUUGUAUCUAUCCAUCA